AUGGUUCUGGUGGAGCUUCGAAGGUGGUUUUUCUUGGUGUUUGUGUUACGACUGACAGAGUCGGUGAAUCGGGAAGAGUACUUGGGAAGUUUGGGUAAUUUUGAAAUUGUGUACCCGAAAAUUGUUUCCUAUGGCGGACAGUGGGCGAGGGAGAAGAGAUCUUUUAGAGAAACGAGAGAGGAUGCCGAAAAGGUUGUUUCGGUUCUGCUGAAGAAUUGGACUUUGGAAACUCGAAGAAACGAACAGCUGAUCGUGCCUUUGAAUUUUUCAGCUCUCUGGAUCGGCUCUGAGAAUUUCUCAGUCUAUUCAAAGGAUUCCGAUAAUUUUUCCGAAACGUGUAGGACUCUUCAAGGUACGAUCCGAGGUGAAGAUUCUACAGUUGCUUUGACAAUCUGCGAGGAUGAAUUCUAUGGCUUGGUGCACAUAAAAAAUCGCUCUUUCUUCAUUGAGCCUUUGAAGAAUAAUCAGCAUGUCUUGUACGAGUGGAAGAAAUCUGCGAAAUUGGAGGAUUAUUAUCACGCGAUUUCGGGAACAAUUAAGGAAUCGAUAAAUGCAAAUGAAAAGGAGAUGAGUGAAACCGACGUUACCACAUUGUUUGAAAAAUCUGAAAGACCUAAUACAAAAGGGAAGAAGUUACUGAAGAAUUAUGGAGUGAAGAACGAACUUCUCGAUUUUAUAAAUAACAAUUUAAACGAUGAACUACUUGUCACUGACGAUUUGUUUAUGGAAUGCGUCUAUGAUGUAGAAACUUUCAAUUUUUUAAAUAUGUCUAUUGACCUGCUGCAAAAUGUACUGGAAUUGAAAGCUACCGGGGACCCUGGGAAGAUGCUUAAUCAAAUUCGAGAUUGCGUCGAGCACAUUAUAGAUCUUUACAGAGGAAACAAAUUUUCCGUCUUGGAAAGAGAAGAAAGCCCCGAAGAGGUGGAGGACUUGGAUUCAAUACUGACGAAUGGGUUUUCUAAAACGAAUAAAUUGAAGGAGGGACAUUUUUAUGAGGGAAAUGAAAGAUCUAAGAGAAAUUCAAUGUUCCUCGACUCAAAGGAAUUUUAUAAUCUCACCGGUGACACGAUCGAUGUCAUCGGAGAUGACGAAGAGAUCCUCGGAGACGUCGAGAUGGAGACGGAUGAAAAGCUUUCGAUUGAGGAUUCCGAGCACGUUGGAUAUUUCUUCGAUCGUACCUGGGAGAAGGAUAAAUUACCCAAAAGGAAAUCCGAGGAUAAAGAGGCACCGCCAAGAUGGCUGGAGUUAGCUAUCGCAGCUGAUCACUCCGUCGUUGAAUUUCAUGGCUCUCGUGUCCAACGGUACAUCCUUGCCCUUCUGAACAUUGUCAGCGCUAUUUACAAGGAUCCGUCGCUCGAUUCGAACAUGAACCUCGUGAUCGUCAGAAUGGUGUUUUACUCCGAAAAGGAGGACGGUAUGGUGCGUAGCGGAAAUGCUCGAAAGUCUCUGGAGAACGUGAACAAGUGGAAUCGGAGGCUCCUGUCGUCCAUCGAAGGAAAACACGACGUGGCGGUUUGGCUAACGAGAUUGGACAUCGGAGGUCCUUCGGGAUAUGCUCCUGUGUCAGGAGCCUGUGACCCUGCGAGAUCCUGUGCCCUGAACCGGGACGAAGGUCUCACCAGUGCUUUCAUUAUAGCCCACGAAGUGGCCCACAUUUUAGGAUUAACUCACGAUGGGGAUGAAUCUGCGGGGAACACUUGUGGAGAAGAGGCAACCCUUGGAAGCGUGAUGGCACCCAUGGUAGCAGCUACUUUCCACCGUUUUCAUUGGUCCCCAUGUUCCAAGAGAGAGUUUCAUCAAAGGACGAAAAAGUGGUCCUGCUUAUCGAAUCAACCGAAUGUCAGCAAUGCUACUCAUCUCGCGGCUACUUUGGAGGAGACCUUCACUAUGGACGAACAGUGUAGGAUGGAGUUCGGAGAGGGAUAUACCCUGUGCAGAAGCUUCAAUUUACCUGAUCCGUGUUCACAUCUUUGGUGCAGUCGGAUCAAUGCAUCUCAAAUUUGCAAGACGAAGAAGGGACCACCUUUGGAGGGUACGACCUGUGGGGAUGAUAAAUGGUGUAUCAAUGGCUUUUGUGAGCCAGUUGACCGAAAAAGGUUCGGCAUGGGGCCAAUAGUGCACAAUUCAAGAAAUGGAGGAUGGAGUGACUGGUCCCCAUGGGGAAAAUGUUCAAGGUCUUGUGAUAUUGGGGUGCAAUUUCGAACCCGCAAAUGCAACAAUCCGGCCCCAGCGUACGGGGGUUCACCGUGUGAAGGUAAAAAUGAAGAAUUCAAGGUAUGUGAGCAAGAUCGAUGUCCAGUUCCAGUAGACCUCAGAUCUCUGCAGUGUUCCCACCUUGUCAGCCUAAUGUCCAUCGGAAUAUCCUCCCCAAAAUAUAACAACACCUGGUUACCACACGAGCCAGAUCAGGAGAACCUGAAGUGCCAAUUGUCCUGCAGGAGUAAAGAGACAGGAGAAAUAUUUUUCACCGGUGAAAAUAUGCCCGAUGGAAUUCCCUGUGACUAUGGAUCCUCGAAUAUCUGUGUUCAAGGUACGUGUCUAUCCAUGGGAUGUGACAACGUGAUAAAUUCCACCAAAGAGCGAGAUUCUUGCGGCGUUUGCGAUGGAGAUAACAGUAGCUGUAAAAAUGUAAUACACAAAUUUCAACGCAAAUUACGCAGAGCUAUGACGCGAGCUGGCAUAGUACCUCGAGCCUCUUACAACAUCAGGGUGGAUGUAACGAUCGUACAAGUUCCUACAAAAUUCAGAGAUGAUCUCACCAUCGCCGUGAGAGACGGAAGGAGGCGAAGAUACGACGUGAAAGGAUAUGACUCGAAAGGACGAGGUCAGGUCCUGGUGGUCGAAGGUGCAGCCUUUAGGCCUCAAAAAUUAGGUGAUACGUACACAAUGUUCGCGAGAGGUCCACUUUUUGCAGAGAUCGUCGUCUCGCUCGCUGUACCCGAAGAAGCCGUAAGGGAGGGCGUCGUCAUCUCCGUCCUUUCGAGGCAUACUAUUAAUGUAAACGACACCGAUUCCGUAAGUAAGUACAGCUGGACAGUUGGAGGAUGGAGUCCUUGUUCUGCCAGCUGUGGUGGAGGACAUCGACAGAAAACAAUUGCUUGCAUAGAAGAAGCCACUGGGAGGAUCGUGCCCAGAAGAAAGUGCGCACUUACCUCGAAGCCCGUACUGCACGUCGAGAGGUGCAACUCCUUCAGUUGCGACUUUAAGUGGCUGGUGGGCCCCUGGGAAGGAUGCAGCAGAACUUGCGGGAGUUUCGGAGUUCAGCACCGGCAAGUUUAUUGCGUUCACUCAUCCUUUAAUGGGAGUGCAAUCACCAGGGGUAAGGAGAUCGAAGUUUACAAGAUGAUGGUUCCGCCUGAUAGAUGCACCAAGCGUCGUCCUAACAUUGAAAGGGAGUGCAACAAAAUCCCUUGUCAGGGUCGAUGGGUGUUUUCGGACUGGUCCCGGUGCUCGCAAGGUUGCGGAUGGGGAGUGCAGUCGAGGAUGCCGCGAUGCGUCCCUGAAGAAGGAACCGAAGAAGAGGAUUCACUGUUUACCUGCACUGGAUCUUUUAUCCCGGACGAGCUGCGAACCUGUAAAGGACAUCGCAAGAAGUUUCAAAAUUGCACUACCACUUGCAGGCAGGAUAAAAGUGCUUUCUGCGUAUUGCAAAUCCUGGAUAGGUAUUGCGAGAUUCCAGGUUUCAGGAAAAAGUGCUGCCAUUCCUGCUGAAUGACAGAGAUUUUAUUUAAUCAGCGCGGCGAGGAGGUUGUUUUAUUAAAAUGAUCCUGUUUAUUAGUGUGGCACUAACACACAUUAUUUCAAGUAAUUAGCGUAAGGAUAUGGCAGCUAUGGAAGUAUUUUACAUUAAACUCAUGUUUAGGUGUA